CAGGAGUGCAAAGAAACAGACUGGUUUCCACAGAAAGUCUUCUCAUAAAUAAACUGUGCCUCGGUUAUUCUCUCCCCCCCCCCACUUCGAGAGAAGUUGGUAGUUUCCAUUCUUUGGGCGAGGCGCCGCUCGCCAGGACGGCACCUGAGGUGCGCGCAGAGUUCAGAGCGGGGAUCGGCGCGCAAAGGGAGGACCGACUGUGAGCGGCGGCUUGUCCGACGAGGAGGCGACUGGAGCUCUCGCGACGGGGCUGGGGGGGCUUUGAAGAGAAGGAAGUUGCCGAAGUCCCACUCGCCUUCCUUCCCCCCCCCCCCGUUUUGCCUGCGGACCGUGUCUCAAGUCCGAGCGAGCGGGGUGGAAAUGGAGACUCGGACGACACACCGGCCGGCCAUGCUGUCCCUGCUGUGGCUCUUGGGGAGCGCCUGGUUCUUAGAUCCAGCCACGGCGAUGCAAGUCACAGUGUUGAAUCCCUUCAAUGUGGUCAUCCUAUUUCAGCCGGUCACUCUGCAGUGCAACUACCAGACCACGGCCACCCAGCCACCUAUUGUCUUGUGGAAGUACAGAUCUUACUGUCGGAGCCGCCUGGCGGACGCUUUCAACCCCAACAGCCAAGAGAGCCAGAUAACCAACCAGCUGCAGCAGAACAACCCCGGAUACAAUCCCUAUGUGGAAUGCCAGGAUAGUUCCAGGACUGUGCGUGUGGUGGCUACCAAACAAGGCAACACUGUGACCCUUGGGGACUUCUACCAGGGCCGGCGCAUCACCAUCACGAAUAAUGCUGACCUCAGCAUAGAGCAGACAGCUUGGGGUGACAGUGGGGUGUACUACUGCAUUGUGACAUCCUCACAAGACUUGCAAGGCAACAACGAAGCCUACGCUGAGCUUAUUGUGUUGGGCAAAUCCUCCGAUGUCUCAGAGCUUUUGCCAGGCUUUCAGAUAGGGAAUAUGGAAGACUGGCUCUUUGUCAUCUUGGUGGUGCUGGGCUUCUUUCUCGUUUUGCUGCUCUGUGGGAUCUGCUGGUGCCAGUGCUGUCCGCACACGUGCUGCUGCUACGUCCGAUGCCCCUGCUGCCCAGAGAAGUGCUGCUGCCCUAAAGCACUCUACCUUGCGGGGAAAGCAGCAACUACUGGAGUCCCCAGCGUUUAUGCACCCAGCCUCUAUGCAUCCAACAACCAGUUGAGACCAGGCCCGCCAUCCGCUAUGGUCCCCAUGGCCCCAAUGCCUCCCAUUUACAAUGGCUAUGGAAUGGAGUAUGAUGGAGCCAGCUCAGUUGGUGGAAACAGUUCCCAGGUGCCUCUUCUGAGGGAUACAGAUAGCAUUGCAAAUGCUGCUGUGCGCAGCGGCUACCGCAUCCAAGCCAACCAGCAGGAUGACUCCAUGCGGGUGCUGUACUACAUGGAAAAGGAGCUGGCCAACUUUGACCCCACUCGCCCUGGCCAGCCUAAUGGGAGGCUUGAGAAAGCCUCUGUGAUGAGUGAACUAAGCUCUCUGCACGAGGAUGAUAGGCGUUACGAGCUGCGUCAGGGCCUGGGGCGGCUACGAGGCCAGGCCAUGUCUCCCAUCAGCGACGUGGAGGAGGAGAGCUUCCGGGGCAGUGAGAACAGGCGCUUGCUGACCCCUGCCCGGCGUGACCGCUAUGAGGACUCCCCACCACAGAGCUAUGCUCGGCGCCCGCGUUCCCGCUCCAUGGAUGCUCUAGAUGAUUUGGACCGGGACCCCUACCCUGCCCGGCCCCGAAGUCGGGGCCGCCACGGUUCAGAUAACGAGUGGCAUCACCGUGACUAUUCGCCAGACUCCCGCAAUGACUAUGAGCGCUAUGGCGGACGGCGAAGCCGGAGCAGGGAUGAUCUGCGGGACCUGGAGCGACCCCGCUAUGAUGACCGGCUCCUGGAGGAAGCGCUGCGCAAGAAGCAACGGGCAGGCAGCCGGGAGGAGCUGGAUCAAGCGAGUGCCUCGAGCGGAAGAUCUGGCAACAGGAAAAACCGAGAUGAUGAUAGCAAUGGCUUUCCGCCUCCGCCACCUCCUUAUACGGAAACGGAGUCUGUCUCUUCCCGCGGCAAGAACGACCGCAAGCUCCGGAGGAAUCAUGCUGUCAGCAGGGAAAGUUUGGUUGUUUAACGCCUUCCAUUUCCAUGCCUCUUCCCUGGGUGGAUGAGAAGAGGUCCCAUGCCUUUGAUGGCUACAGCAAGCGUCUCAGCUUGUCAGCAGCCAUUUUACUCUGGAGGAUUCUUACGGUGGAGCAAGCGGUGUUCCUGUGCACCCAGCUGUCAACAGGACAGGGGAACGGAAUGACACUUGAGGACCUGACCGCUCUGUGCCUAACUUCAACUCCAUCGCAUCUAGGUUAAGAUUCUUAAGGAGUUUCAGUACCAAAUUUGCACUGCAGGAGAACACUUAAAAUCCUCUUUGGUACUCCUUUUAAACUUCAGGCCUAGUUUUCUAUUUUCACAUGUAGUGAUUUGGUCAGAGGAGACUUGAAAUAUGAUCCUCCAGUACUGGAAACAGAAAGAAAUGGUCUUAUUCCACUGAAUGCCACACGGGGGAUCUACCUGUGUGGGUUUUUUUUUUUCUUUUAUAAUUUUUAAGAUGAUUCCAAAGAGGAACCACUCAACUGUGUAACCCUUUUCACCUAGGUUUUAAAGUGUGAUAUUUGGGGGAGGGGGAAUACUUUUUUUUAAAGUAAAGAACUGGUGGUGCUAUAAAUAUUCUGAAAUGAUCAGCAGCCAGAGUUUUCCAUUUGUGUAAAGUUUUUAAUUACUCUUUUAUAGAAAUUAAAAUAAAAUGAGUAGAAUGGCA